CUACACUCGCAGCUAGGUCAGUGAAGAUGGCUACCGUAGACAAGCAACUUGCUGCUGAACAAUGGUAUCAUGGCUUGCUACCCCGAGAAGACAUCAAGCAAAUGCUGAGAGCAAAUGGAGACUUUUUGGUUAGAACAACGGAACCUGUAGCUGGAAAACGUCGUGCACUUGUACUAUCUGUUAUGGUAAAACAAGAGUAUGAAGACCAAGGUAUAAAACAUUUUGUUAUCACUGCUUUACCAUCCGGGAAGGUCAUGAUAGAAAAGUAUGCCUUCGAAUCAGUCAGCUCAAUGGUGGAGUAUCACCUCAAUAAAAAGGAUUCACUCACGAAGGCACAAGAAGUAAUACUACGAACCCCCAUUACUCGGCAAAGUUGGGAACUCUCCCACGACGAUGUUGAACUAACGAAAAAAUUAGGCGAAGGAGCCUUUGGCGAAGUUCACAUGGGAAAACUGAAACUGAAAUCAGGUGCCAAAGUUUCUGUUGCAGUGAAGCUUGCAAAGCUUGAAGUGUUGACGAAGGAGCAGAUUAAAGAAAUAAUGCACGAAGCACGACUGAUGAGACAUUUCGAUCAUCCAAACAUUGUAAAAUUCUACGGGGUUGCUGCUGGUCAGGAGCCGCUGAUGGUCAUCAUGGAACUGGUCAACUGUGGGGCACUUGACACAUAUCUGCAGAAAAACGAGCAGCCUAUGGACAAAAAGAACGAAAUGUGCUUGCAGGCAGCUUGGGGACUUGAAUAUCUUCACGCUAAAAACGUUCUUCAUAGAGAUAUUGCUGCUCGCAACUGCCUGUAUGGUGACAAUAAGGUAAAAAUUUCCGAUUUUGGAUUGACACGUGAAGGGACCGUCUAUCAAAUGGAUCCGCACAAAAGAGUCCCCAUUCGUUGGUUGGCGCCUGAAACUUUAAAAAUGGCAAUUUACACACAAAAAACAGAUGUGUUUAGCUACGGGAUAAUGUGCUGGGAAAUUUACAAUAAUGGGAUUGAGCCGUAUCCGGGCAUGACCGUUGCAGAAGUCAAUCAAAACGUCAAAGAAGGAUAUCGCAUGGAACUUCCUGCAAACGUGCAUCCUGAAAUCCAAACAUACAUCAAGGUUCGAUGUUGGUCUGAAAAUCCAAAUGAUCGGUAUACUAUGGCCGAGCUUUGCAAGCAUUUGCAACGAACCCUGCAAAUUCCAAGACCAAAAUUCGUGGAAAAUCCACAUGCUCGCUAAUAAAACAUAUGAAAUUGGAAAUCAAGUGCAAGGCUGCAUUUCCACUGCUGCUUCAUUUUCUAUAUGUAGUCAAAUAUGACUUUAUAAAUGAUUUAUUGAUCCUCUUCGCAUGAGCAACGAGAAAAGUUUUGUGUACAUUUGAGGAAUGUUGAAUACCAAAAUUUCAAAUAAUAAGCGAAGUGUUUUAACACCCAAAAUAACAACCUAAGCACACAUCAGAGACUAUUCUGUGCUUUCUUGUAGAAAACGAAUCUCCGCACAUCAAAGCAAAAUUGAUACAUAUUUGGUUAGUCGUGGUCCUUGGAUUUCGAUGAAUGAUACUUCUUCUUGUGCUUCUUAUGUCCUUUUUUAUAGUGUCC